AUGACGCGGGUCACCGUUCCAAGAGAACCACAAGCCACCAGGCAAAAGACAGCCACUACCGUCCAAUCACACAAUCUCUCUGCGACCGAAUACCGCAGACGAUCCUGGACGCAAAGACCACUCUCUGGUGCAAACUACCUCAAAGUGCCAGCUUCAGUAUGGAAAAACAUUCACGAUCCAACCCGGACAGAACGGAUAGAUGCAGCAGAGAACACCCUCGCGUCAGCGCUAGCCGCUGGCGCUCUUACUUCUAUACCUAUCAUCGGCCUCGUCAGAGUACACAAAUGGUUCUGGGACAAGAGUAUCGAAACCAAGGGCCGCAAAGAUACCUAUCGAUACCGGGUCAUCGACCAAGCCACAAAAUCACGAUCCUUCCAGAGAACGAGUGGUAUGACCCCAUCGAAGACGACGAGACCAAAAUCAAAAUCCUAUUUCAUGAAUACCAUUGAAAACGCAGACCAGUGGAGGCAAUAUCUCUCGCCUUGCAUCCCAGAGGGUUUCUCCCAGAUCAAGAAGAGUACCACUUAUGGCUGGUCACUUAUCGUCAACCGCAAGAAAAGUCGCAACGCCCAGCUGCCAAAUCCCGCGGCCUCGCCUCGGUCCAAGAAGUCGGCCAUUAGAGACAUCGCCAGGUGA